AUCAUGAAUCCGUUAAUCAACCACUGUUUGGGGAGUCUUCAACUACUGAUAAUCUUUUAAUGAUAUAUGAGACUAUUUUGAAUUCAAUGUUAGAGACUUGUGUGAAUGAUUUUGAUAUGGAAGAUGUGCGUUCAGAAAUUGCCAAACAAGUACCUAUAGGUUGCAAUACUUCACCACCAAACGUUGUGAUAUUGAAACCUGGUGAUCCACCCAAUUGCAAUGAUAAUGUUCAUGCAGCAUGUGAAAUGUACCGUGAUGAUUUACCUCGUGGUAGUAAUGACCAUCUAUACAUUGUAUGUAACCAAGCAAUUUUCGGGAGAUUAAUCUCCUAUAAGGAAAUACACAAGGAU